GAAAUCUGGAGCGCCUAUUGAGCAUUUUUGAAACCCCCACAAAACAAAAGUUGGAACUGCAAUUGCUACUAGGGCUCGGUGCCACCUCCAAUUCCAAAUCUCCAUUGCUAUUGAAGCAGCCAUGGCGAAUGAAGCAGACAUGAGUAGUUGGAAAAAUCUUCUUCACUCUUCUACCAAGCUUCUCGAACAAGCUGCUCCUUCUGCUCAGUUUCCUCCUCUUCAGAGGAAUUUGGAUCAAUUGGAAGCAUUGUCGAAGAAACUCAAGGCUAAAACCCUAAGAAGUGAAGCUCCUUCGCAGUCUCUUGCUGCUACUAGGUUGUUGGCUCGUGAGGGGAUUAAUGCAGAACAACUUGCAAGGGAUCUGAAGUCAUUUGAACUCAAGACUACAUAUGAGGAUGUGUUCCCAACAGAAGCAACUACGGUGGAAGAGUAUCUCCAACAGGUACAUGAGAUGGCAAUGCUCUCAGCUAUUCAGGAAUCUCAGAAAGAUAAUUUGAGGAAUUUCAAUGACUAUAUGAUGAAAGUUCUGGAGGAUGAUUGGCAAAAAGAGAAAAGAGAUUUCCUUCAAAGUUUGAGCCGUAUUUCAACAUUACCACGUACAAACACUGGUGAAGCAACUAAUGCUAUUUCUCGUCCUGGUCAAAUUGUAUCAAUGGCUUCUACUUCGCAAGGUCGUGGUGGUCCGUCCAGCAUGGAGAUUGUACCUAACGUAAAUCAGUCCAUCGAGGAGAAAAAAGCUUCUGUAUAUGGUGAGGUUGUGAGGAAUCUCAACAGUGCAAGGGAGCGUGCUUUGUCAUUCAAACCUGCGACAGCAUUCAAGGCUGCUUUUGAAAGUUUGGGUCUUGAGUCAUCAGGGGGGAGAUCAGUUGGCAUGCAGAAGAUAUGGCACCUCGUGCAGACUUUGGUGGGUGAGGAUUUAAAUAUUCAUCAGAAUUUAUCGAAGAAAAUGUUAUUGGUGAAUGGUGCAAAGCGGCAUCUGGAGUGGGGACAUGCAAAGCAUGUCAUUGAAACAAUACAAAAUCAUCCAGUACAGGCUUUUCUUGGGGGCUCUGUCAGUAAUUUACAAAGAAUACGUGCCUUUCUUCGGAUCCGUCUACGAGAUCAUGGCGUUCUUGAUUUCGAUGCUGUUGAUGCCAGAAGGCAACCUCCUUUGGAUACAACUUGGCAACAGAUUUAUUUCUGUUUGAGAAGUGGAUAUUACGAUGAAGCAAAGAGUGUUGCUCAGUCAUCUCGCGUGUCUCUUCAGUUUGCUUCUCAGCUCUCAGAAUGGAUAGCCUCUGGAGGCGUGGUAUCUGCAAAUACAGCUGCUGCAGCUUCUGAAGAGUGUGAGAAACUGUUUAGAAUGGGUGACCGGGGAGCUCGUGCUGUGUAUGACAGAAAGAAACUGCUACUUUAUGCUAUGGUCUCUGGCUCUCGUAGGCAGAUUGACCGCCUGCUUAGAGAAUUGCCAAAUCUUUUCAAUACGAUAGAGGACUUUUUGUGGUUUCAGUUGUGUGCCAUACGUGAGAGUUCUCAUGGCGUUUCAUCGUCUGUUCUGAAUGAGGGAUCUGUGCCUUACAGCUUAGAAGAUCUACAAACAUACCUGAACAAGUUUGAACCAUCAUAUUACACCAAGAAUGGGAAGGACCUGCUCAUGUUCCCAUAUGUUCUGCUUUUGAGCAUUCAGCUUUUACCAUCUGUCAUCUACUUGUCGAAGGAAUUGGGUGACGGGUUUAAUAUUGAUUCAAUCCACAUAGCAAUUACAUUUGCAGAUCAUGGAGUUUUUUCAGAAGGUGUUGCUGCAGGACAGAAGCUGGGAUUUAUGGAUGCUUCUGCUGAAGUAUCUAGUAUGAUUAGGCAGUAUGGUUCUGCAUACCUGAGAGUUGGUAAUCUUUCAAUGGCGCUGGAAUAUUAUGCCCAAGCAGCUGCUGCAGUUGGAGGCGGCCAACUGUCAUGGGUAGGAAGAGGUAGUUUAGACCAGCAAAGACAGAGAAGUUUGAUGCUGAAACAGCUUCUUACAGAGCUGUUGUUACGGGAUGAUGGAAUUUAUCUCCUGCUUGGACUUAGGGGUGCAGGCGAAGAAGCUGAACUAAGGCGGUUUUUUAGUGAUGCUGCUUCAAGACAACAGUUUCUUCUCGAAGCAGCUCGGCAAUGUCAGGAAACUGGUUUGUAUGAUAAAUCCAUAGAAAUCCAGAAGAGAGUUGGUGCGUUUGGAAUGGCUUUAGAUACAAUUAACAAGUGCCUAUCUGAAGCAAUAUGCUCACUAUCUCGUGGCAAAUUUGAUGGUGAGAGUCGGACAGCUGCGCUCAUCCAUUCUGGCAAUGAGAUUCUGGAAAUGUGCAAAUAUUAUCCUGAGAUCAGUGUGAAAGAUAGAGAACAUGUUAUAGAACAAGAAAUUGUCUUGCGGCAGCUUGAGGCGAUAUUGUCCAUUCAUGAGCAUGCACGACAGGAACGCCAUAUGGAUGCAUUACGAGAGAUUGCAAAACUUCCUUUUCUUCCACUAGAUCCUCGUUCGCCAGGUCUAAGCUCAGAUUUUUUCCAAAAUCUAUCGCCUCAUGUCCAGGCUUGUGUACCUGACCUCCUUAGAGUUGCCUUAAGUUGUUUGGAAAACGUUGCAGAUACUGAUGGAUCUCUACGUGCUUUGAGAACAAAGAUUGCAAAUUUCCUGGCAAACAAUCUGCAUAGGAAUUGGCCUUGUGAUCUGUAUGAGAAGGUGGCAAGAAGCCAUUGAAGAAAAGAACAAGGAAAAGGUUCACAGCUCGGGCCUUUCGAAGCUUAGUCAGGCGCUGGUGCCAUUCUCCUAUGUGAACCUCUUGCACAUUUUUGUACAAAUACAAAACGCAAAUUUGCUUUUUCUUUUGUUUUUCAUCUUUCCUUGAAUGGAAAUAUUCAAAGUUAUCCUUAUGGCAACAGAAAACCAGGAAUUUUCUUGUUUGCCAUGGUAAAGGGAACUAGAAAACUAUUUAAUUAUAUGGCAAAGCCUGUUUUUCCAAGAGCUAAUCAACAUGGCCUCGUCUUGGACGAUGUCAUCUCAGAUUAUGAGAA